AUGCUCGCUGAAAUGGGAUUCAAGGUUUAUCGAAUGUCAAUUUCUUGGUCACGGAUUUUUCCCAAUGGCGAUGAAAAAGAGCCAAACAAAAAGGGGUUAGACUUCUAUCAUCGAAUUUUUAAAGAAUUACGCAAAUAUCAGAUUGAGCCACUAGUCACAAUUUCACAUUAUGAUGAUCCACUAGUUAUUUCGCAGAAGUAUCAUGAUUGGCAAGACCGCAAUAUGAUAGAUUGCUAUGUUCAUUACGCUGAAACUUUGUUCAAGGAAUAUAAAGGGAUUGUGACUAAAUGGAUCACUUUUAAUGAAAUUAACGCGCCAUUAUUGAUGCUGUCAUUUGAUAAAAAUGCUCAGGAUACAGAUUAUCAAAAAGCAUACCAGAAGUUACACUAUCAACUGGUAGCCAGCAGUAGGGCGGUACAAAUUGCUCAUAAAAUUGAUCCUAAUAAUACUAUUGGUAAUAUGAUUUGCGGUGUGACAAAUUAUCCGGCAACACCUGAUCCACAAGAUGUUUUAUUAACUCGUCAUACGUGGGAAAAAUUGAUUUAUUACGCUUCGGAUGUUCAGGUGCUUGGAAAGUAUCCCCCAUUUGCUAAGCGUCUAUGGCAAGAACACGGAGUUCAACUUGAGAUAACGGAACAAGAUCAAGAAGAUUAUUAG